AUGGCGGUACACUCUAAGAAUAAAGCCUUGAUGUGCAAGGUUUUUCCGUCCAGUUUAGGGCUUGUGGCGAUGAGGUGGUUUAAUGGUCUGAGGGCAGGAUCCAUCAAUUCAUUUAAGGAACUCACCCAGACGUUUAAGUCCCGUUUUAUUACAUGCAGUAAGACACCUUGUCCUUUAGCUUCUUUGCUAUCUCUGUCCAUGAGAGAGGGCGAAACUCUGAAAACAUACUUGGACCGAUAUUGGGAGAUGUUCAACGAGAUAGAGGGCAAUUUUAAGGACAUGGCCAUUAGUACUUUCAAGCUCGGCUUGCUUGCAGGACACGGUCUAAGGAAGUCUUUGACGGGGAAACCUGUCACCAGUAUUCGUCAAUUAAUGGAUCAGAUUGACAAGUAUAAGAGGGUUGAGGAAGACCAACUGCAAGAUAAGGGGAAAGGUAAGGUUAUCCCUCAAGAGAGGAGGGAUUUCAGGUCGGAACGUUAUAACAAUAACAAACCCCGGCGAUAUUUUGCCGGACAAUCUGGACCUGCAGCCCCACAAGUAGUAAACACCAUGUUUCGAAAACUGGUGCAUCAAGUUUUGGAAAAGGUCAAGAACAAGUCGUAUUUUAAAUGGCCGAACAAGAUAAGUGGAGAUCCUUCAAGGUGUAAUCAAAGCCUCCAUUGCCAGUAUCAUCAGGACCAAGGACAUACCACUAAAGAUUGUCGAACAUUGUGGAACCAUCUGGAACAAUUGGUUAAGGAGGGGAAGCUGCAACAAUUUUUGUACCGACCCAAUGGACAAGGAGACUAG